AUUAAUUUCAGUUCACCCACUCUACAUUUUAACGCAAUCGAGACUCUCUUCCUUUUGAACCAAUCCCAGGAUCUCUUAACCAUGAUUUCACCGGCGGCCGGCGAUCUACUGUCCACAGCGAUCGCUGCCGCCUGCUUCCUUUUUCUUCUCCGCACCAUCAUCUCCCUCAAAUCCCUUCUUUUCCUCCUCUCCCGCCUUUUUCGUUGGGUCGAAGCCCACACCCAAGCCCAUCAAACCUUCACCAUACGUCGCUACGGCGACGAUGACUCGCCGGAAAACCCCCUUUAUCGCAAGGCUGCCGCUUACGUCGCCGCCCUCCCCGCCGCCGAAGACUCCGACCACACAUCCCUUUUUUCCUUCCACUCCCGCCCCAAUGACUUUUCCGUCCACCUCAUCCCCGGCCAAAACGUCAUCGACUCGUUCCUCGGAGCCCGCCUCUCCUGGAAUUUUCUCUCUGGCGCCGACUCCGGCGACGCCCUCGUGCUCCGCCUCCGCCGCCAGGACCGCCAUCGAGUGCUCCGACCGUAUUUACGGCACGUCGAGACCGUCGCGGAGGAAAUCGAGCUCCGGAGAAAGGAGUUUAAGUUGUAUUCAAACGCUGCUGCCGGCCGCAGCGGCCGGAGGUGGAGGUCGGUGACGAUGAGCCACCCGGCGACGUUUGACACGCUGGUAAUGGACCCAGAGCUGAAGGCCCGGAUUCGGGCUGACUUGGAGCUAUUCCUAAAAGGCCGGGCCUACUACUCCCGGCUGGGCCGGGUCUGGAAACGCAGCUACUUCCUCUACGGCCCGCCGGGAACCGGCAAGUCAAGCUUCGUGGCCGCCAUGGCGCGUUUCCUCUGCUACAACGUAUACGAGCUUGAUCUCUCCCGAGUUUCCAGCGCCGGCGAUCUCCGGUCGCUCCUGCUCGACACGUCGCCGCGUUCAGUAAUCCUUGUUGAAGACCUUGACCGCUACCUGGCUGCCGCCGCCACCGGCGAGGCGCGAAUUUCAGGGGUGCUCUGCUUCAUGGACGGCGUGUUCUCUUGUUGCGGUGAGGAGAGAAUAAUGGUUUUCACAGCCACCGGGGAGAAGGAGGCCUUGGAACUUGACCCAGCAGUAGUCCGGCCGGGACGGGUUGAUUUUCAGAUCCACUUUCCUCGGUGCGACUUCACGGCGUUCAAGACGAUGGCGGGCAGCUACCUCGGCGUUACAGAUCAUAAGCUAUACGCGCAGGUUGAAGAAGGUUUUCAAAGUGGUGGAAAGCUGAGUCAUGCUGAGCUUGGAGAGAUCAUGGUGGCCAACCGUUGUUCACCGAGCCGGGCGAUUAAGAACGUUAUCAGCGCUCUGCAACGGUCGGCUUCUUUGAAUCCGGCGGCGGUGGAGAAGAAAGAGGUUGGUGGUAAAGUUGAGGAGGGGAUUAGGGAAGGUGGAAGGGAGUUUAGGAAGCUAUAUGGGUUGAUUAGGAUGCAUAGCUGGAGCAAGAAGGAAAAGAAGAUGCCGCCGGAACUCAACGGCGCCGUCGCCGGCGAUUAAUUUUUUAAGUGGUUGUGCAUCAUCUGCGGCGGUUUUAGUUUAAUUUGUUUUAAUGGUGAGUCAUACAGUGUCUGAAUUGUGAAUUGAAAAUUCAUUUUAUCAUAUAUAAUGUUCAACUAUUUGGAAA